CUGGAUUUAGAGUUGAUGGUUACCAAGUAUCAUCUCAUUCAAAAAAUGCCUUCUUGUUCUAUAAACCGGAGUUCUUCAGCUUCGCCUGCCUUUUCCCCAUUCUGAGAAGCAUCUCUUCAUGUUCCUCUGGGGGCGAACUUGCAGCUGCUUGAGUUGGGCUGAAAUCCCUGUCUGUCUUUGGAGAGCGUGUUUGGACUCAGAACUAGGACGCAUUCUGUUGCUGCACCAUGAUGAGGAAGAUUUUGAGCUCUGAAAGAAAAUCCAUUUAUAAAUUAAAGGAUUGUUAAAGUAUUCAUCUGAGAAAUGUCCUACAAGUAUCACCUACAAACUUUGAGUCAACAGGAGAAGCAGUAUUUAUAAGAACUUCUAGAAGAGAUUUUGAAUGUUUUUAUAAAACAUCUGUGUCUGGUGUUGCUUAUACCUAGACGUUGUCAUAUGCUAUACAGGACUGUAAGUUCCUUGAAAGCAGAGACUCUGCAUACCUUUAAACAGUUCAUGUCCUUAGAUGUAACAGGGACUUAGCCAUGUCGGCUAAGCUCAUUUUCUGUGGCGCUUCAACGACACAUGUGUGAUAGUGGCCAGCCCAGGUCCGCACGUUUCACCUUCUUCCAACAGCAACCGAAGGCUGUUUUCUUUAAUGAGUGUCCGCAUUUGUGUGCAGAGUCCUGGUUGGGUACAGGUGUGGGGAAGUGGUAUACAGUACUUCAGUCCUCCCUUGGAGAAGACGCUAAGGUGGAAAGUGAGAAUCUGGUUCUUUGUCUUCACUUUCAGUUUGACCACCCCACCAAGGUGAGUCACUGCACUCGCUGUUUGGCCCUCGGCAUGUCACAUCACCUGAGACUAUCCCUCGGGUUGUUGAUGACCUUGCAUCUGAAUCUCCUCUUACAUGAACAGCCAGCGCUUGUCAUAUAAUUUCAAGAACACACCACAAAUUAGUUGACUUUGUAGUUGACAUUGAGAUUAACUUUCUCUAACCUAAACCAGUGAAAACUAAAAUGCUCCUCACCACAUAAAAGUUUUGCUUUCGCUGUGUUCAGACCCCUCCCACUUUGUCACAGCACAGUCAUUUGGAGUGUGAUCUGGGGGCGGUGUGGUUGUUUCUCAGUGGUGUAUGACCCACUUUUUUGUAAUACUGAAUUGCCCGUGUUUUUACAACACAAGUCAGAAGUUCUGACGCUAGUGGACUAUAACCUCAAAAAAGAUCUUGGGAGACAUUUCGUUGGUGCUGCUCCAGCCCUGUGCUUCUCAGAAGAAAGUGCUGGCUCUGCAGGACGUGUGAGAGCUGCCAGAGGACAAGAGGACAUUUCCUCUAGUUUCUGGAUGAUGAGCAAGUACACAGGGUGUGAACGGCAUGUCUGUGGAUGAGAAGCCUGACUCCCCCAUGUAUGUGUACGAGUCCACAGUCCACUGCACCAACAUCCUCCUCGGCCUCAAUGACCAGCGCAAAAAGGAUAUUCUCUGUGACGUGACUUUGAUCGUGGAAAGGAAGGAGUUCCGCGCCCACCGGGCUGUGCUGGCCGCAUGCAGUGAAUACUUCUGGCAGGCACUGGUUGGACAGACGAAAAAUGACUUGGUCGUCAGCUUGCCCGAGGAGGUCACGGCCAGGGGCUUCGGGCCGCUGUUACAGUUUGCCUACACCGCCAAGCUGUUACUCAGCAGAGAAAACAUCCGUGAGGUCAUCCGCUGCGCUGAGUUCCUGCGCAUGCACAACCUGGAGGACUCCUGCUUCAGCUUCCUUCAGACCCAGCUCCUGAGCAGCGAUGAUGGCCUGUUCAUGUGCCGCAAGGACACUACGUGUCCACGCCCACACGAAGCCCGUGAGAAUUCGGCUGGGGAAGAGGAGGAGGAGGAAGAAGAAACGAUGGAUUCUGAGACAGCCAAGAUGGCUUGCCCCAGGGACCAGAUGCUUCCAGACCCAAUCGGGUUUGAGGCCACUACCACCAUCCCAGGAGCCACAAAGGCAGAAACGUUGCUGGUGGAGUCUGACGUAACCACAGACACCAAGGAGCGCUCCGAGAAGGAUGCUCAAACGCAGUACCCCAGGUACAAGAAGUACCAGCUUGCAUGUACCAAGAAUGUCUACAAUGCAUCAUCUCACAGUACCUCAGGUUUUGCAAGCACAUUGAGUGAAAACUCUGGCAGCAGCCUCAAGCCUGGGCUGGCUAUGGGGCAGAUCAAAAGCGAGCCACAUAGCGAGGAGAACGAGGAAGUCACGCUCUGCCUGUCCGGAGAUGAGCCUGACAUCAAGGACAGAGUAGUGGACGUGGAGAUGGAGCGCAAGCAGCCCAGCCCCUCCCCGAUCCCCAGCGUCCCCCCUACCGUUGCCACAGCCACCACCACCACCACAGGGGCCACCACCUGCCUGGACAGGGCCCGGAGCGUGGCUUCACCAUCCUGCUUAAGGUCUCUGUUCGCUAUCACAAAAGGUGUAGAGUUGGCUGGGCUGCCCAGCACAUCUCAGCAGCACUUUGCCAGCCCUUUUGACAAGGGGAUCACUCAGGGUGACCUUAAAACAGACUACGCCCCCUUUGCAGGGAAUUACGGCCAUCCCCCUGUGGGCCCAAAGGACUCGUCGGCUGCCUUUACCAUGGGGUCGCCCCUCAGGGGCCCUGGCCUGGAGCCCCUGUGCAAGCAGGAGGGCGAGCUGGACCGAAGGAGUGUCAUCUUCUCCUCCAGUGCGUGUGACCAAGGGAGCACCAUGGUACAUCAGUAUUCCGGGGUGAGCAGUUUGGACAAGGAGCUCUCGGAGCCUGUGCCAAAAGGCCUGUGGAUGGGAGCUGGCCAGUCCCUGUCCACCUCCCAGGCAUACUCCCACGGUGGGCUGCUGGCUGACCACCUGCCAGGAAGGAUGCGGCCCAACACCAGCUGCCCGGUGCCCAUCAAAGUAUGCCCCCGCUCACCCCCAUUGGAGACCAGGACCCGAACUUCCAGCUCCUGCUCCUCCUAUUCCUAUGCAGAGGAUGGCAGUGGGGGCUCACCCUGCAGCCUGCCCCUCUGUGAGUUCUCCUCCUCACCCUGUUCCCAGGGAGCCAGAUUCCCCGCCGCGGACCAUCAGGAGCCAAGCCUGAUGGGAGAUGGGGUGUACAACCAGGUGCGGCCCCAAAUCAAAUGUGAGCAGUCUUAUGGAACCAACUCCAGCGACGAAUCUGGAUCGUUCUCGGAAGCAGACAGUGAGUCGUGUCCUGUGCAGGACAGGGGCCAGGAGGUCAAACUCCCUUUUCCUGUAGACCAGAUCACAGAUCUUCCACGGAACGACUUCCAGAUGAUGAUUAAGAUGCACAAGCUGACCUCAGAGCAGUUAGAGUUCAUCCACGACGUCCGAAGGCGCAGCAAGAACCGCAUUGCAGCCCAGCGCUGCCGCAAGAGGAAGCUGGACUGCAUUCAGAAUUUAGAAUGUGAAAUCCGCAAACUGGUGUGUGAGAAGGAGAAGCUGUUAUCAGAGAGGAAUCAGCUGAAAGCGUGCAUGGGGGAACUGCUGGACAACUUCUCCUGCCUCUCCCAGGAAGUGUGCCGAGACAUCCAGAGCCCCGAGCAGAUCCAGGCCCUGCACCGGUACUGCCCCGUGCUCAGGCCGGUGGAUCUGCCCGCAGCCUCCAGUGUCAGCCCCGCGCCCCUGGCUGUGGUGGAGCAGAGCCUCGCUGCCUCCCAGUGUGCCGUGGGGGAGAGCGCGCCACCGCCCUGCUGCUUGGAACCCGGGCCAGCUCCGCAGGGGCCUUCCUGGGGUCCCAGUGCCCCCGCUGAGAACUGUACAGCCAGGGGCAGACUGGAGGCUACCGACCCGGGAGCCUUCUCCGAGAGAGGCCCUCCCCUGGAACCUAGAAGCCAAACAGUGACCGUGGACUUCUGCCAGGAAAUGACCGACAAGUGUACAACGGACGAACAGCCCAGGAAGGAUUACGCCUCGUGACUCGGUGCCUCCCAGUCCUCAGGGCCGCGGGGGUCUGCCCCGCAGAGGGGCCUGCCCACUCAUCGGUGGGCUGGAGGAGCCGAGAAGGAAUUCGAAUUCGGUGCACACUACAGCAGCCUCAGCAGCAAUACCGUUCCGAAGUAUUCCCUCCUGCCUGCCAGCGGGAGCGACAGCUAGUUACCUGAUUCACUAUGGUGCUACCCCUUGCCUAGACCAGGAAGGCGACAGUGCCACCACUGUCUGUCUAAGGGUUCAUUUCAGUCUUCACAGGGAUAAACUCUUAACACCUCUAGGACCCACCCACGGAUUUUUUUCUCAGUGGCCCAUGUCACAAAUCCGAUCUCAGGAAUUUCUUCUGAAUGUUCAAUUUUUUUCAUUGAAGACAGCUUCUAUACACAUCAAAGUUUUAUAGCUAGACUGUACAUAUUAUAUAUAAUAUAUAUAAAAUAUAUAUAUCUCCAUAUGCAAAGGUCCUGCAUGCCUCAGUUUUCUCAUCCAGAAACUGGGAAUUUCCCUUCUCAUUUAUACACCAGUUCCAACAUUCCUCUUGUUUUUGUCUCUGAUGCUAGACCUCAUUUGGUAGCUGUUAACAUGGUCAUUUUUUUCCCUUUGCUUCAUGAUUCCAUUUGUACUUAUUUAUGGAUGAAAUUCAAUGUUGGAAGCUUUUUUCAAAGUUUUAUUUCAGGCUUUUUUUUUUUUUUUUUUCGGUUUGGGCACCACCAAAGGGUGUCAUUUGAGCAUUGUGGGUUUGUUUAUUUGGGAUUUUUUUUUUUUUUUUUUUGCUCAGAUACUGUACAGUAAUGGUCCACUUUGCCACUUGCACUGAGUUUUGGGUCAAACCUAUUUUUCUGAAAUGAAGUUGUAACUUCAGUAUAACUCAAGUAUACUGUAUAUUCUUUGCUUUUUAGUUAAAAGGUAAAACAUUUUAGCUAAUGAAAAAGCACUCAGGUGAUAAUUAUGUAGGAAAAAAACUUGCCAAAUAACAAAUCCAUCCUCGGAUGUGUAAGACAAUAAUCUGCUUGAAUAUUUUUAUAUUUCACCUCCUCCCCACCUAGCCCUAAGUCAAGUUUAAAUACAGUUGGAGAGUUCACACUGGAUAGUGGAUGUUCAGAUUUCUAAGUGGAGGGAGUUUGGACAUCUCUCUCCAGGGUGCAUCAGAACAGCAGAAUCCAUGAUUCUCUGCCAGAACUCAGUAGCCACUGGCUCCUGGAAACCAAGUUAGAACAGCUUCCCACCUGGGGAGUGGGACCCCUUACUCUUGAAAGUGUUGGACAGUGGGCCAGCCCCUCUCCCACCCAGGACAGCCCCUCCCAGGACAUCUCACCCAAUCCCAGCCCGUGGAGCCUGCCCUUAAAGAGGCAGCCCAUGGGGUGAAUGCAGCUCUCCCUGGAGAAGGAGAGAGAACAGGGGGGCGGCUUGCGGCCUGAGCCCCAUGCCUGAGGCAGGUCAGUGCAUUUCUUUCUCCUUUCCUUUGAGUUCUGUUCUGAGGUUACUCCACAGGUGUCUUGUCUAAAGCCAGCUUCGGGCUGAGGCUUUGCACAAGAGAGAUCACCAGGAGCCCUCUUCCCCAGACAACACACCACCGCCGCCCCCAUCCUCACCUGAUGAUCA